GAAGAAGUGAAGAAGCAGAAGAAUGCUGCGUGCAACUGCGUUUCCGGCACCGUUCAAUUCGGUGCCAGUUCUCACUCGCGCCCACACGUGUCAUUCCUUGGCACCCGCACGUGUCGUUCAUUCUCGCUCAUCUUUCGUUUCGCUUUUCGGGUUCCAACAAUUCCGGCAACCCUACGUCAAUUUGCGAACCGUGCGUGGCGGUAGGUUUGUCGCGGCCGCGGCGAAGAAGCAAAGGCGCCGAGAUGGCGCUGGUUCUGUGAGAAUGGACGAGGAGGAGGAUGACGAUAUCGGUGAUACUGGUAAUGAAUACGAUGAAGAAGAUGAAGAAGAAGACGAAGAAGGUGAAGAUGAUGACGAUGAUGAUGAGGAGAUAAUGCUUCCGUUGGAGCAAAUGAAAAAAUGGUACAUGGAGAAACCUUUAGGGUUUGGUGAAGGGAAAGUGUAUGAUACUUCUAUUGAGGAUAAGCUGCUUGAGGAAAUGCGGAAGAGUAUAGAAGCACAAGCUGCGAAUUUGAAGAAGCUUAAGAGUAAUCCUCUGAAGCCUGCCUCCAACAAAAGUGAUGACAAGAAGAAAGAAGUUGUUCCAAUUGGAGUUCGAGUGCGCUUGGUGAACCUACCCAGGAAAAAGAACAUCCAUAGGGAUCUGAAAUCUGCUUUGCAAGGUAUUCCGGGCAUAAUGAAUAUAGUCCCAGCUGUUACUGGAAACAAGAAGACAAGGGACCCUAUCUGCAAGGGUUUUGCUUUUGUUGAUUUCAAGCAUGAAAAAGAUGCAGUUAGGUUUGUAGAGUUAUACACUGGACAAACUCUUACUUUUGGCAAAAUUCAGAAGCAGAUAAAAUGCGAGCUUGUAAAUGUACCGUCCUCAUCUUCUUCUCCGGAAUUAAGCAAAAAUGUUAAUGCUGCUACGCGUCUCAUGGUCUCUGCCUUUGAAGAAGAUUCAAAUGAGGAUUCUAAUAUGGAUGAAUCUGCCCUUAUUUCCUGGGAUGGGACCAAUUCAGAUGAUUCGGAUGAUGACAUGGACAAUCAGAUAUAUGGAGAAGAACAAGAAGGUGACGAAGAGAAUGAAAUGGCCUUCGCUGCUUUGAAGAUGGAUAGUGAUGAUAGUAUGGAAAUGAGUAUUGAUUCUGAAAUUAAUUCACUUCCCUCCGAGCAGGUUAACGGAAACCCUACAGCUGAGCAGAAGUCAUCUGCCAAAGAUAAACAAGAGAAUUCCCUUAAGAAAAAACAAACUUCCAAAAAGAAAGCAAAAAAGGUUUUAGAUGUUCCUGGAUCCGCAAAAAGGUUAAAGAUCAAGGAGAAGGCUGUAUUAAGUGAUGUUUUCUCCAAGUACGGAUUAAAAGCUGCCCUUGCUUCAAAGGAUAGUUAGUAAAUUGCUAAUGAUAAGAGAUUUGCCAAGUCUAACCAUCACCCAGCAUGUAGGGUCUAAAAACUAAAAAGCCAUAUUACAUGCAAUGGGACAAUCAAAUAGUAGCAUAGGGAGUAUUGUCGAAAAAUUGAUGUGGUCUUAUAUUAUUAUUUUUUAUGAAUAUCAAAACAUUCUUUCUUAGUAUCCCAA